CGUUACGUUGAUUAGGUUUUCGAAUGUGCUACCUUUGGUCAUCGUUAUUGGUUUUGGCUUUUAACAAUUCAAAGACCAAUCGAGCUGGUUACCAAGCCCACAAUGGCAAUGAAGUGCGUUGAAACUUCUGACCUUUUUAAUGUUUCUGAUAACAACCUAUAACCAAACCUGGCUUUCCUCGGAAUUUUAAAUACCUUGGAUUAGCUUACGUUCUAUACAUCACUGCUUUAAAUCAAGGGGAAAAGGUAGGCGAAGAUAAAGAAAACAAGAGAGAAAAAAAAUGGUGAAUCUUGUAGCAGCACAAAAGCCACUGAUGAAUGGGUUAAUGAAGAUGGCGGGGGUUCAGCCUUACUCGGUGGAGAUCGAGCCAGGCACGGUGAUGAACUUUUGGGUUCCUUGUGAAACAGUCAAGAAACCCGGGAAGGGUGAAAAAAAGGUCACCCAUUUGGAGAAACCAACAAAACCAGUGGUGGUCUUAGUGCAUGGCUUUGCAGCAGAAGGCAUUGUCACAUGGCAAUUCCAAGUGGGUGCUUUGACGAAGAAGUACUCGGUUUAUGUACCCGAUCUUCUCUUCUUUGGUGGCUCCAUUACUGACAAACCAGACCGGUCACCGACUUUCCAAGCCGAGUACUUGGUUCAGGGUUUAAGGAAACUUGGUGUCGAGAAGUGUGUGGUUGUGGGGUUCAGCUAUGGUGGGAUGGUGGCAUUCAAGAUGGCGCAGAUGUACCCUCACAUGGUGGAAGCCAUGGUGGUGUCUGGCUCGAUCCUGGCCAUGACUGAUUCCAUAAGCGUGGAAACAUUAAACAGGCUAGGGUUCUCGUCUUCUGCAGAACUGUUGUUGCCUAAUUCUGUUAAGGGUCUUAAAGCUCUUCUCUCCGUUGCUGCUUACAAGAAGCUUUGGUUCCCUGAACGCCUCCACAAAGACUAUCUUGAGGUGAUGUUUACCAACAGGAAAGAGAGAGCUGAACUACUGGAGGGUUUGGUCAUUAGUAAUAAGGAUGCCACCAUACCAUCUUUUCCACAGAGAAUACAUCUGCUGUGGGGUGAAGAAGAUCAGAUCUUCAAGCAGGAGCUUGCUUACAACAUGAAAGAACAACUAGGAGAGAAUACAACAUUCAAAGGCAUACAAAAGGCAGGUCACUUGGUUCAUCUGGAGCGACCUUGUGUUUACAAUAGCUGCCUUAAGCAUUUCCUGGCUUCACUGUAUGCUGAUCAAGUUAACAAAUGAGUUUAUGGUUUUUCAAUCCCAUGCCAAACUUUGCUCUCAUAAAUACAGAAGAGGAACUGGGGUGUGUGUGCUAAGGGACUUUUGUUGUACUGGAUUAUUAUUUUAUUACAAAACCUUUCAGUUUUCUAGCAAAGAAAUAAUUAUACAGUGCAAUUAUUGUGA